AUGAUUCACGGAGGGCUUUUGCCAUGUGUCCGACAUGUCGGCUGUGUGCGUCAAGUCCUGACACUUCGGGCCGCACAAUUCCCAGAUGCUUUUGCGACUGAGCCAUCUGUGACAGCAGCAGCCUAUGCAGAUGAUCCAUUGUUCAAGCUGGGCGCGUUCCGGAAAGGUCAGCUAUUACAACGGGCUACAUGGAAAACCUUGGUCAAAUUGAAUCCAUCAUUCCAGCUGUCCAAAGUUAAAGCUGAUCCCGGUUUGCGAGUAGAUGGUCGCCGACGAGCACAACACCAAGCUGAGUUUGAUUUUAUGUGUGGCACGCGCAGGGUGGAAUGCAAGAGUGCUAGCAUGCAGUGGAUGCCAUCGUGGCGCUAUUGGCGUGUGAGCUGGACAGCAAUCAAAUUCAAUCAGGCGUAUUUUGAUGAUCUCGUUCUCGCCCUUCAUUCUCCGGGGCAGGUGGACAUUGUAUUGCACGACGGCACCGCAGGUGUAAGCACAAUGGGAACCAAAACGCCGAUUUUGGGACAUGCUGUUCAGUUUAGAGCUGGCAGAGGAUUUGAGGACCCAGCUGUGGCACGCCGGAAUAUUCUCGGAAAGAUGCUUCAGCCGGUGCACUUGUGCCAACAUUUGGCAACGCUAACUUGUGAGAGUUUGUCACAGCUGGUGGCAGAUGAACUUGGAAGGGAUUCUCCUGCCCUGUGUUGGUAUGUGGGCGUCCCACUGGCAGACUUAAGUUCCUGUGCACGAGGCUUGCGUCUAGAAGCAGUAGCCUUCGCAGUCGAUCAGAUGCUUCAUCCGUGCAGCAACUUCAGGCGUGACGCUGGAUCCACUGAAGUCGUUGGGACUGUACAUUUGCAGCGUCGUGGCAGCACCAGAACGAGCGCUGACUGGCUUCGUGACGAUAUCAAGGUCGAAUUCAAGUCCUCAAGGUUGUCAUGGACCUCUACCAGGCGAACAUGGAGGUGCCAUUUCCGUGGCAUCAAGUUUGCCUACUCCAGCUCAGAAUGCCCAGCCAUGCCGGCCCCUUUCGACGAAUUGUGGCUUGGAGUGUAUAGCCCCCGCGGCUUGCACAUAGUUCAAUAUGGUGGCAGUGUCGGACAUUCCAAAGCUGGUGCCAUAACCGAUCUCGAAGGCUAUUCAGUACAAGUCAGCGGACCAUCAGGCCAAGACUGCCCAGACGCAUGUCUGGAUGUAAUACUUCGUAAACUUGAGCAGUCUGGCUGUACACUUCUGGCAACAGUCGCAUGGUGA